CCUGGUGGCUUCUUGUUACUAAGUAGCAUAUUGUUCAAAAGCAAAGCGGAUCUCGAGGCUCUGAAGAGGGCCCUUCACCAUUCACUUCGCUGAUGAGCUAAUGCCGCGAUGUGGGGCGUGCGCAGUGUGGAUGGCGAUGAGGAGGCCGCUUUGGCACGAGUCGAGGCUUUGACGGGAUCCAAGAGCAGCCUGGGAGGCGAUGUGCCAAGGCUCGCGCGGGCUCGGCGACGCUGCACCGACCGGUGCUGCAGCGUGGUGCUCUUUGCGUUUCUCUUUGGGAUGUGGUCUGUCUAUCAGCAUGCCUUGAAGGAAGGGAACCUCGCCAAGCUGACCCGUGGCUUUGAUUGGACUGGGGCCAUUUGUGGGGUGGACGAGGCCGUCCGAGACAAGCCCUUUCUCUUUUGGUGCACGCCCAACCGCAACGAGGCCUUCACGUUGCUGGAUGGCAUUUGCGUAUCACAAUGCCCUAGUUCUGACAGGGAAAUCUUCUACUGCCCUGGUCGUGCACUACCCUUUCAGGUGAAGCAGUACCUGGAUGCUGGCCACGAGCGCCAGGAGGUUGUCAUCGGCAUGCGCUGGAACAUCACCACCAAGCGCAGCUAUCCCAGCACCGAGGCGUUCGGCUACUGCUUCCCCACAAGGGAUCUGGCAAUGCUGCGCAGUGUCACGGAGCGGACCUAUGUGUUUGGCUUUACGAAGCAAGUGGUGCUGGCAGGCCAAGGCGCGGUGGAGAGCUGGCGCUUCCUGCUUCUGGUGGCCGUGGCCUGCGUGGCCAUGGGAUACGUUUUCCUUUUCGUGAUUUGGUACUCCUUUGAAAAGCUCGUGUACUCGUUCUUGGCUUUGGCACAUGUGCUGCUGAUCGGGGCCGCGGCGGGCUUUCUCUUUGUGAGUUUCUAUCCGGAGCACAACUUCUUCCAGACGUAUUUCUCGCCGGAAGCGUCCAGGAUAUGUGCUUGGGGCUGUGCAGCCAUAUCGUUGAUUCUGUGGAUGCUCUUCAGCAUACUUUGCUGCCAGGGCAGGGAAGCGCUGGCUGUCACCAUUGACAGCGUCACCGCCACGUGCGAGGUGAUCACGGAGAUCCCCACGAUGCUUUUGCAGCCUUUGGUGCACUCCGCCUUCGUGGUCUUUACCUUGCUCCUCUUAGUCUACGGUUUCGCGUGGAUUUUGUCGACGGGGAAGGUGGUGCCUCAGCUUGAGCCCUUGGGGCAAAGUGGGAUCCAAAUUGCCGGAGUCCCUCGCAGUCUCGAAUUCUCGCAGCUUCAGUGGGUUUGCAUCGUUUACUGGAUCUUUGGCGCGGUGUGGAUCUUUGAGAUUCUCAAUGCGCUCAGCCAGUUUGCCAUCUCGCAUGCCGUGGUCGUGAACACCAUCUACCAGGAUGAGGAGUCAUUUCCCAUGCUGAAGGGCUACCUGAUGGGGCUUUGCUUUCACUUAGGCACGAUUGCUUUGGGCGGCUUUAUCAUUGGCUGUUUGAAGUUGGUCGCGGCGUUUUUGUCCUUCAUCCUGAGCCAGACGCGAAACACGGAGGGCAUACAAGGAGCUGUGGCACAAGUCCUAUGUUGCUGCUGCUUGUGCACGGUGAUGUGCAUCGAGCGAGUCUUGAGCAUGGUCAAUGACCUGGUUUACACCGAUGUGGCCUUGCACUCCUGUGGCUACAUUGAAGCAGCGGACAAUGUGGUCAGAGUGGCUGCUUCGAACCCCUUGACGUACGCUGCGAUCAAGGCUUCUGCCAUUACGAUGCGCGUGGUCGGGGUGUCCAUCAUUGGCGGCUGUGGCACCUUCCUCUCUUACCAGGCGUUGAGCUCCACAGAACUCCAUCGGCAGUUGGAUCUCGUGUUCCAAGAUGCCUCGACGAUGCUCGUGACCUCGAAUAUUUUGGGCACGACCAUUGCGCUUGGGCAACCCAGGGAGGCGUUUGAAAUGGACGGUAGUGCCCCAGUUUUGCCAACAGUGGUCUGGAAACUGGUGCAUUUCGAUACUUAAAAACGAUGUAAAUAAAGAGGGAGGGUGUGUUUUGCGUGUUGGCCAAAGAACUUCCAAGUACCACUCCACCAUUUUUGGACCUCAAAGAAUUGGUUUAAGCCGUUUGAGCUGAAUUGCUUCCCCGCUUAUGAGCUGUUGAUGUAAAGGGUAUCAAGUGGUAGACCGGGACCAGACUCUAAUUGCGUGUUUGGUGUUUGUGCCCCAGGAUGAUGCAGCCCCAUUAGUCUAGACCACAUAGAGAUCACACAAGAGACGCCUUGCUUCCGGCUUUGGGCGCCGUUUGUUGCUUCCAAACCAAGAAACAUCAAACACCGCAGACAUGGUUGACUUGAAUGCUCAGGCCCGAACAUGUUUCUUCGGAUAUUGGAUGCAGCCGGUGUGACCAUGUGCGUUUGCUGGUGCAGAAUGCCUUUUUUCGGGUAGGAUCGCCUGAGCACGCCUAUUGGUGGUUUCUGUAUGUUUCUGUGGCUUGGCUUCGGUGGUUUCUGUGUUUUUUGGCUAUUUGUUUGUGUGGUUUUGGGUGCUUGGUGGCUUCUGUGGCUUCUGGCUUUUGGAGGCGUGUCGGUUGAACUUUUUUGGCGGUUGCUUAGUGGUGGUUCUCUUGGAUUUCGAUGGCUAG